GAUAAAUAGCGGCCUCGCUCCCCCGGCUCCUCUCUGCAUCCUCCCCGCCUUCCCAACAACAUGGAUCUCGCCAAUUUGCUCAGGUCCUGCUGCCUCCUACUGCUCCUGGGGGCUCUGCCUGCAUGGGCAGCCCAUGAUGACCCCAUUGAGAAGGUCAUAGAAGGGUUCAGCCGAGGGCUGAGCAAUGCGGAGAGAGAGGUGGGCAAGGCCCUUGAAGGCAUCAAUAAUGGGAUCACUCAAGCUGGAAGGGAAGUGGAGAAAGUUUUUGAUGGACUUAGCCACAUGGGGAGCCAGGCCGGCAAGGAGUUGGACCAUGGCUUGGACAAGGUAGCCCAUGGCAUCAACAAUGGCGUCGGACACGCAGGAAGGGAAGCAGAGAAGUUAACCCAUGGGGUCAACCACGCCGCUGGACAGGGCACUCAUCAAGGCGGGUACACAGGCCAACACGGAGGGGCCGCAACCACUACAGUAGCAUCUGGGGCCUCAGUCAACAAGCCAUUUAUCAGCUUCCCAGCUCUAUGGAGGAGCAUCGCCGCCAUCAUGCCCUAAACUGAUGCCCAGGCAACAGAAUGCUGUUCCUGCUGUCACAUCAGCCGAAAUAGCCUGGAGGAGCUGGGGGUGGGGGAGAGCUUCCGGGUGUCCUUAAGGGGGCUGCUUUGAGCUUUGUGAAUAAACACGAACACACUGUCCCUUCUCA